AGUCCAAUAUCAAAACUCGAAGCAAUAGUUGUGGAUCUGAAAUUUUCGUUCUGUUAGAUACAAAAAACUUUAAAAAAUUUAAAUAAAAUUCAAUUUAGCAUGGCUGUUGAAGUAGAAACGAGUGAAGAAAUGGAUUUAAAUACCGAUCCUGUUAUAAAACCGGUUGAGUUAAAGAACAUAGGUUUCUUACAAAAGCAGUCGACAUUUAUAAACUGUGUAGCCUGCGGAACUGAGGCAAUGAGUGUUCUUCGACUGGAACCUGUCACUUGUUUACAGCGAUUUCUAAACGUAACUAAGUUGUGUAAAAAUUGGGAACGCAGUUUUGAUAUUAAUCAUUACUGUAGCAAAUGUGGCUGUUAUAUUGGACGAUUUGUACCUUUAAACCGUUGUAAUCGGUACACAUCUAACCGGGCUCGCGAGAAGUCAGCAACAGAUAGUUUGAUUGUAAGAGCUAAACAAGCAGAGUGCGCAGAGAGUUUUCAGAAAGUUCGUAAUAUAAUUAAAGAGGAAACGGAAAAUUUUAAAGAAAAUGAAGACCAGAAAGAGAAUGUUAUAGAUCAACAAACUGAUAUUAGUACUAAAGUGGCGCCUACAGGAAAAAACUGAGACAGGAACUUAAUAUAAAUAUAUAAUCUGUACUGCAAUAUAGUAACUUUUGAUAUAGUAACUUUGUUUAUAUAUAUGCAAUUAUUAUUUUUGAACAAAAGUUUUUUCUUGAUAUUCCAUUAUAUAUAUUUUUGUUAUUUUUAUUAAUUUCAAUUCAUUUGAACUUAUCUCAUCUAUAAAACAGCACUAAGUAAUGGUAGUAGAGCUAAACUUUUUGCCUCUAGCAUAGCUCAGUUUUUGUUUAUAAUGAAGAGUGGUGAGUUCAAUUUCUAUUCAACACGAAGUCUUAUAUUAUCCACUUUUUGUACUUUUUAUAAAAAAAGCUCUAAAAGCUAUUAGAACAAAAAUAGUAUAUGUUGAUAUGUAAAUAUGUGAAUGGCAUAUAAUUUUAGUAUAAUAAAAUAAAGUACUCAGUGAAUUUUUAUAUAUACGUACAUUACGCAAAGA